UGUAAUGAUCGUUUCACACGGAGCUAUAAUCUAGAUGUACCGAACGGCAGAAUGAUAAACGUUGUUGUUUUGAAAUGCUCGACCAUUUAAAUAAAGGUUAAAGAAAAAGAAAACGAGCGAAUAGUGCAGAUUGUCCGAACUACAAUAAUAGGAUAUCGGUGAUUUGAAGUGACAACAUUACGUUACGUUUGGCAUAUUGAAGUAUUAGUAGCAUAAGCGUGUCGGUGAUAACAGUACAGUGCAUUGUUAACUGCCAGGUAAUGUGGGGGGAAAUCGAGCCAUGCCCCAAACCCAGAGGGGAUGAAAACAACUCGGUGACAGGCGCGCAACCCCCAAAUUCUCCGAGUCUAAUGACAAAAAUGUGGGGGGAAAUCGAGCCAUGCCCCAAACCCAGAAGAAGAAGCUCGGAAGCAUAUGAGAGAUGCUCGGACUCUCCAGAUAAACAGACAGAGAAGACAGAAAUAAAUGAAAUGUUUGGAGGAAUCAAACCCUGGACCAGUUGUCCUCCAGAGGAUGAUCAAGACACACAGGUGAAGGAUGAGACAGGUGAAGGUUGCACAGGCUUUUCAAAUCUACAGGAUGAACCAUCUAGCUGUGUCAAUGCAAUGAUAGAUGCUGUAUCAGACAGUGGGAGUCCAGUUAAAAGUCAACAGCUUGGAGAACCAGACCUGACUCUGGAGGAGAGGAAGAAGGUCUUAAUGAAUCAGUACAGAUCCAAACCCUUAGUGUUUCUGGAGCGCUACCAGGCCCAUCUGAAGCCAGAGCACACGGAGGCUUUCUCUCACCUGAGCGGCGACUGCAGGGUGCAGUAUUACUGCAGGGAAAUUCAGAAGCGGACGUCCAGCACGACCGUCCGGACUAGAAUUCGCAACCAUCGCUACGCAGCUCUCCGUGCACUUCAGAAGGAGGGCCAGUAUUUUAGCGAGGAACAGAUGCGCGUACGAGAUCCGCUGCUGUACGAGCAGUAUAUCGGACAGUACCUCAGUGAAGAGGAGAUCUUCGAGCGCUCAGAAGAGUCCAUGAGGAACGGCCCAAAGGGACUGGCCGACCUGCUUAUCAACUCCUACCAGGAAAAACUGAUCCAGAACCGCCUGGAAGAGGAGCAGGAGAGGGAACAGUGUGCAGAGGAGGAGUCUGAUGAAGAAGAUUGUGAUCAGCCCAGACAGGCAGAGUGGGAGCCAAAUGAGGAUGAGAAAGCCAUGCUGAGAGAAGAAUUCUUGAGUCAAAUGCAUCAGCGAUUCCUGGAUGGCAAAGACGACUUCAACUACAGUGAAGUGGAUGAGAACCCAGAUUAUGAUAACCUGGAUAUUUUAAGUCGGGAUGCAGAGGAACGUUAUUUUGAUGAUGAUGAUGGCGACGAUGAGGAAGAGGCUAUGAUGCAGUAGCUAAAAUCAGAUCGGAAUCUCAGUAGACUUCCUGUCAAUUCUAUAAAACCUGUCCUUUGUCUUUGGUUUAUGUACGUUAAUGAAAUAAGCACUAAAUUGUCUUUAAUAAAAGAGAACUAUUUU